AUGGACUCAAUCCUCGAUAUUUCAGACUGGAUCGGCGAGGACUAUGAAGCUGCUGAAAUCAACUUUUUCGAUCUCAUCCCAUGGACUCCGGACUACGUCGCAAGUCUCGGAGAAGAUUGGAUCGUAGACAUCGGGUCCCCUGACCCUGACCAUGCCCGAAGUCUCGUCACUAUCAUGGUGUAUAUUGCGGAGGAGGCUACUGCCGUGUUGUGCGAGGCUCUUUCGUUCAACGUGAAUAAUAUGAAUGUCGACAAGAUCCUAGCCAGGCAGCACGUUCAACCCGAGCCUGUCACCGCAGAAAUCACCACUGAAGGCUAUGAGGCGAAUCAAGACAACGAGGCAGCAUCCCCAUUCUGCUCUCCUCCCCUUCUUCUCUUACGCUCUUAUUUACCUUCUGCGCUUCCUCUGUUCAUCUUACACUUCAUCACCCUCUCUUCGGUGCACACUUUUCUUUAUUGCACCCAUUGUCCCCACUUUACAACACUUCUUUCCCCUCCCCCUUCUUCUCCUGCGCUCUUCUUUGCCUUAAAACUUCCUUUCUUCGCCGCACUUUCAAGACUAACUGAUAUACCGAAAGCAUAUUUGCUUCCAUAUGAUGCAGCGUCCGACUUGCGAAUCACGCCAGAGCACCGCCGGCGGUUCGCCAUCAAGUUGUUCGACAGUUGGAGUACCUCGCAUGGCACAAAUGAGAUACCCGAGUCUCCAACCAAGAAGACAAAGGAGCACAGUCGCAUUCCAGUUAGUGUCUGGAGCCAAGACCUCCCUGCUUCUGGGGCAGCCAAGCGCAAGCGGGACGACGACGACGACGACAAAACUCCGUCUCCCAAAAAGCAAAAAGCCGCGCGGAAGAAGGGCGCAAAGGCCUUCGUGUCAGUCACCAAGACUGUGGGCAAAGGGGACGACAAGAUCACGUUCGAUUACAGGGACGGCAAGUCUCUACUUACCACCGCCGAGUUCCUCGAUUUCGACCCCUCGGUCAACCUGGCAGUGGCGAAAGCCCAGUCGUUAAUUCGACAUGACGCUAUCGAAGUGACCCGUAGUCGCACCUUCAAUGAGCAGCUUAUUAUCACCACUGCCCGGAACUGGAUUGUUGAGGCCGCCAGACUUGGCUUGGAGCCUGGAUCAGAUCUAGAUCUCAACCCGAUGGGUGAACCUCAGCCUGUUUCAGGGGCUAUAAGGACAUACAGAUUAUUGUUAAUGUAUCACUAA